CCUCUUCUCGGUUUGGCUUCUUUCAACAACCUUCACCGUCCCUGUUCAUUUACUUCUUAUUCCAAUUUACUUGACUUUACUGUUGGACGCCGAUGCUUUACCGCUGCUUGGCGAGUCUCACCUAAUCAUCAUCAUCUCUGUCGUCCAACUUUCGUCCAUUCCAUCACUACAAGCUACAAGAUGGUCGUCACCUCUCGAACCCGCUCUCCCGGUCCGCUAGAUCCGGUGGCUCCCGCUUCGCACACCAGUGAUUUCGAGUCUUCAGACAAUACCUCAUCCGACGAAGAAGGAAGGGGUGUCGAGGUAUUGGUCGACGCUCGUCAUCGCAUAGCUUCCCGGCGCCGGAACGACUCGCUCACGAAUGCCAACGCUGGUGCAUUCUUAGCAGGUCUGAAUACUCGCAGUGGCUGUCUACUACAUGCUCUCCUCGACACUGAGCGAGAAACUAGACGACGGUCUCUGGAAUUCCGACGCCCUUCAUUCAUCGACGGUGAUCCUGAAAGUAGCGAUGAGGACUAUUACGUCUCCGAUACUGCCGACGCUAUGAAUCAUACCAGCAAGCCUGCUCAUAGGGCUCGUCGAAACAGUAUAUCUCCUCCGCCAGACCUCCUAGCAAAAACCGGUUCGACAAAAACCAAUGUUCCGCACAAAGGAGCCCGAAAGCACCACUUGAGUCAUUAUUCGUCUAGUGCUCUCACGAAGAAGCAACUUGCUGAAAUGGCAUAUAGCGUGCGUGAUCUCAGCAAAUAUCUGGGAACUCUGAGAAUCAAAAUGCGCGUCAAAAAAAUCAUCGUGGUUGCGAAGCUUUUUGAUAAGGAAACGAUUGCUAAGGCUUCCGAGUUUGUUGAUUGGAUUCUCGGAUAUAGAGAUGACCACCAUCAUCAAUAUAUUAUAUACGUCGAAGACAUACUGAAAGAUAACGCCCUUUUCGAUUCUGCCAAAAUGGUCAAGAAUGACCCUUCGAAGCAGGAUCGCUUACGUUAUUGGACUCCUGAUAUAUGCCACGACACUCCUCAGAUUUUUGAUUUAGUUGUAACGCUGGGCGGUGACGGCACGGUGCUAUACACCAGUACCCUCUUUCAGCAGAUUGUUCCUCCCGUCUUGAGUUUUAACUUAGGAAGCCUCGGCUUUCUGACCAAGUUUGAGUUUGACAGCUACAGCAACAUCAUAAAUCGGCUGGUAUCCGAAGGCGUGAUUGUUUCUCUGCGGAUGAGGUUCGAAUGCACGGUUAUGACGUCGUUACACAAUCUUGAUGACCACAAAGAAGAACAGCACGCUUCAGGAGUUGCAAUCCAUCGCGACCUUUCGGCUGAGAUACUGGAUACUGUCGAGGCCACUCCCACGCAUACACCACGACAUACUGCCAGCAUCCUAAAUGAUGUUGUAGUUGAUCGGGGCCUAACGAUAUACGUCGACGAUGAGCAUAUUACCACCGUAGAGGCAGACGGUUUGGUAAUUGCUACUCCCACUGGAUCAACUGCAUACUCGUUAUCGGCCGGCGGUUCUCUGGUACAUCCAGACAUCCCAGGAAUUCUGAUAUCGCCUAUUUGUGCCCAUACAUUGUCUUUCAGACCCCUCGUCAUUCCAGACAGUGUUGUUUUACGUAUCGGUGUCCCUUACAACGCCCGGACUUCAGCGAUGUGCAGUUUCGAUGGAAAAGAUAGGGUUGAGCUCAAGCAGGGUGAUUACUUGACAAUAAGCGCCUCCCGAUUUCCUUUUCCUAUGAUUCAGAGCAAGAAGCUUGGGAGCGAUUGGUUCGAAAGUCUUAGUACGACACUAAACUGGAACCAGCGAAAGGUUGUUCAGAAGGCAUUUGAUGCUCUAUAA